AUGUUCGCCAAAUCCUUCACGCUCCUUCUCCUCUCUCUCCCUUUCCUGGUCUCUGCCGCGCCUGCUGAGCUCGAGGCUCGCGCGAGCAUCGACACAUCCUCGCACUGCGGCCAGUGGGACACCGUGACCGCGGGCCAGUACGAGCUCCUGCUUGACCAGUGGGGAAUCAGCGGCGCGACCUCCGGCUCUCAGUGCGCCAACCUCAUCAGCCUGAGCGGCAGCACCAUCUCCUGGAAGACGACCUGGCAGUGGACCGGCGGCUCGGGCGUGAAGAGCUUCUCGAACAUCCAGCUCAACCAAGGCCUCAACAAGCAGCUCAGCGCGAUCAAGAGCAUGCCCUCGACCUGGCAGUGGUCGCAGACCACGUCCGGGACGAUCACCGCGGACGUCGCGUACGACCUCUUCACGGCGAACAGCGCGGGCGGCGCGAACGUGAACGAGAUCAUGAUCUGGCUCGCGAACUUCAAUGCGGGCCCGAUCUCGUCGCAGUACGGCUCGGACGGCAAGCCCGUGCCCGUCGCGUCGAACAUCAACCUCGCGGGCCACACCUGGAACCUGUACAGCGGUUCGAACGGCGCGAACGCCGUGUUCUCGUUCCUGCCCACGAGCGGGACGAUCACAAGCUUCAGUGGGGACCUCAACACGUUCUUCCAGUACUUGACCCAGCACGAGGGUGUCAGUACUUCGCAGUUCCUGGUCACCGCGCAGGCUGGUACGGAGCCCACUGUCGGUUCUGCGACGCUCACUACGACCGCAUACAGCUUGGCUAUCAACUAG